GCACUCCACUGCCUUUUCGGCUUAUAAUCUUUACCUUUCAAAAACUUAUCAAGAUUACCACAAUUACUACACUUCUUUUUAUUGUACAGCCAUAGCUUUUGUUAGCCAUUUGUUUUGUCCCUUUCACAAUUUUCACUAUACUUUAACUUUUGCAAUGUUUUCCUUGGACUUACGCACUUCUUUUACUUCACUUACCUUCUUUUUUACAAUGUACAAUCCUCAAUUUUUUGCAAAAAUGGCUCUACAUUCUUUAAUCACUUGCUUCAGCAUCGCUGAAUCGCCUAUCUUCCUUUUACAUUCAAUACACUUCAUUGCCAAUUUCAAACAUUGUCCUCUUUAUUUUUUUAUUUCAUUAAGAGUUUACAUAAUAGUAAAUUUUUCCUCCUCUCUUUUCCCAUGUGUUAGCCUUUGGCAUAUUCAAACAGUCAAACAAUAUACAAUUUUAUUAAGUUCGUUCACAAGGAUUGAAAAGUGA